ACGCGGCGGCUGAGCGUGGCGCUGCGGCCGGUGCGCAAGGGAGGCCGCGCGAGAGUAGCGCGUGGCGGGCGUUUCGAGCGGUUGGCGCGGGGGCGCGGCCCGCGCGCUCCCUCAGUCUUCCCGCCAUUUUCUGCGCCCCUCCCCCCUCCCCUCCGUGCAGUCGCUGAGGCAGAGCGCUCUGAGGAAACUUUGAAAUGAAGGUUUAGGAGACAAGAUUCUGCUUGCUGUUGAAGUAAAAAGCCCUAACUUUGUAAGCUUGAAGUGCAGUGUGACAUCACUGUAGCUUCCUUUUCAGGACAAGCUGAAAUUUCCUCGCGUUUUGGAAGAGGUAAAAUGAUUGUGAGUGGGGUUUUUUAUUUCACGUGAGUAAAACUAUAUAAAGUAAAUCAUUUUUUCAGGCUAGUGAAUUACUCAGUAUUUACACCUGUUGCUUUUAAAUUGGUGGUAGUAUUCUAUUUUAAUAGUAAAUUUAUGUGAAUUAAGCAAAAACAUAAAGAGAUUGCAAAGAUCAGCCUGAUUUGAUGAACAAAAUAUAUAGAGGUAUCCCUGAAAUAAAAACGGGUUUCUAGUGUUUGAAUAGCCACUCUAAUCCAGAAUAGCAUGCUGUUUUCUGGUGUGAUCUGACACUUCCUUUUUCCUGUACAGUCUUUUUAUUAAAAUACUGAAUACUCAUUUUAAAUAACAAAAAAAUUACAACUGGAAUAAUACCUCAAUUUUUUCAUGCAUUUGGAUCUUUUCUGAUUACAAAACUAUUUGAAUCAUGAGCUGUGGAAAUGAUUUUGUGAAAACUCUUAAGAAAAUUGGAUAUCCAAAAGCUGAUGAGCUUAAUGGAGAUGAUUUUGACUGGCUGUUUGAGUCUUUGGAAAGCAGGUUGUUUCUGGAGUGGUUUUGUGGAAAUGUAAAUGAGCAGUAUGUGGUAUCUGAAAAAGAACUGCAAGAUUUUGAUAAUCUUCUUGAGUCUGGCAAGCCCAUUUUGGAAGGAAGUGCGCUGGAUGAAGCCCUUAGAACCCUGAAGCCCAUAGAUUCAAAGGACAGUAGUCAAGAGGAAGAGGAGGAGGAACUGAAGAAAUUGGAGGAUGAGCUUCAAACUCUUCAGAAGUUAAAAAACCUUCAAAUACAUCGGCAUAAUAAGCUCCAAAUGAUGAUUUCUGCAAACAGCCAUGUGUUAGAAACAUUAACAAGCAAAGAGAAAGAAGUACAUAAAGAUUUGAAAGAGGGACUGGAAGCGUUUAAUGCAGCAAAUAGUAAGCUUAAUAAUGAACUGAUCUCUCUUAUGGACGCGGCUAAGAAACUAGCUUCCUUCUUCACAGCUUCAUAUUCAGAACAAGGGUCAGAUCUGCAUCCAGUGUUUUUUUCCCAACUUUCUUUGGACAAGUAUUUGUCUCGGGAAGAACAAAGCACUGCAGCACUUGCCUCGUACCUUGGUAAGAGUGGUGGUUUAUGUAUGUCUGAAUGGGUUGAAAAUUCACAUGAAGGCAGCUUUCAGCUUGUAGAUACAAGCAAACAAGUGGCUUGUGAUGACAGUAAUGAAGUUUGUGAAGAGAGUCAAGAGAUUGCCAGGCUACAGACAGCAUAUAUUUGUGCUCAACAUCAGCUAAUUCGGAUGCAGUCUGAAGAGGAGAGUGUGAGUUCAGCUAUAAAAUGUGCAGAGAACAUGCUGCAGUCCUUAAACAAGGAUGUUGGAAAGCAAGAAAACUUUGCAGCCAGAAUAUCUAGUUUCAAUGAUGAAAUUUCAAGAAUUAAACAAGAUAUAACUCGGAUAAGCAAUGAAGAGCUGGUUCCCCUUGUGAAAGAGAAUGCACAACUUCUGAUCACACCAGUGGUGAAAGGAUACUUGGAUCAUCAGAUUGCUCAGCAGGGCUGUUAUGCAUCAAGACAAGAUGAAAUAUGCAGGCAUUUGGUAAGACAGAAAGCAUCAUUUGAACUUAUUGAGCUAGCCUAUGAAAUGGAGUUGAAGAAACAUAAAGAGAUUUGCUGUCAAGUUGAGAGUUUGGUAGAAUCUCUGAAACAGAGCAGUAAUGAGUUGCAGCAGAGACUACAUCUGAUAACUGAGCCAACUCAACACGCAAAGCCAAGAAACACUAUUAGUUCAAAGGAUGGUUUCUCUUGCAGGCUGUAUCAGCUUCUGGAAGGAGAAAAUAAAAAACAGCAAUUGUUUAAGACGUAUGAAAGCCUGGAGCAGAUGGCUCAGAAGUUAAAGCAGGACUGUGCUACAGUACAAGAUCAGCUAGCAGCAUCUUCUCAAGAACAGUCUCUUCUUUUGUCCAGACUAAAAAGUGAUGUAGAAACCCUUCAUGGUGCUCUGUAUCAUGGAGAAAAUCAGAUACAAUUCGGUAGUCGGGAACUUACUGAGCAGUUUAAUCAACUGGAAGUUGAUUUAAAUAAACUAAGUCAACUCCUUGUGGAUCUGACGGCCAAUGUGAAGUCAAAGAGAAACUUUUUGGAGUCCAAUAAGCUGCAUCAGAUGGAGAGAGACUUGUAUAUGUAUUUUUUCAAAGAUGAAGACUACUUGAAGGAACUGGUGGAGAAGCUUGAGCAGCAGUCUAAGGCUAAAGCCAGUGGUCUCGACGAUGAGUUUCACCACCAGUGGAGUUCUUAAUGUUUAAACUUCAAUGUAUUCUUAAAGGAAAACAUAUUUAUGUAAACUCCCUACAAGUUUAUGGAAUAAGUAUUAGCUUAUCAAGGGUAACAUUUAUCUAUCAUUGCAAUGUAUGUUUAACUGCCACAGUUACCAGGUUUGGAUUGUGUGUUGCUUUUAUGGCUUUUGGCAUCUGCCCACCAAGUUCAAAUCUCAGAACUGUCUUAAGUUCUUUGCUCUGAAGUAAUACAUAGGCUAUUUGAGUGAGUUACAUUCAGGCUGCUCUUCUUUUAGCCUGUAUGUUGAUUUCCACUGCACACAGCAUAGCACAGAAAGGAACAUUUCAUAUCCUUGAUAUAAGUUUUCUUGCAUGCUGAGAACCUUUGAUAUGGGAGCUGAAAAAUAGAUGUGGAGAAGAUGUUUGAAUGUGAAUGUAGUGUGCUCUUUCUGAAGAGGAGAGUUCUCCAAGGCAGAUACUCUGUGACUGCUUCCCUUACAGUUCUUCGAAGAUCUGGUUUUGUUAGAAAUAUGUUGCAAUAUGUACCAGAAUCUGUUUCAAGUACCAAGACCAUCUGUUUGUAGACCAUUCAGAUCUUCUCCAUUUAAACCAGUCCAUACAUAAAAUGUCCAUCCAUAAUUUUGGAUUUACCUUUUGGACUUCUGAGUUUGUUCUAUAAUUUAUGAUAGGCAUUGCAAUUCAGAGUCCUGAGGCUUUUGUACUUACUCUUUCAUGUGCAUUGUUAGCUUGUUUAUCAAAUCUUUAUAUAGCUUCCUAAUACACCAAUGGACCUAAAUAGGCUUUUAUGGUAUGAUAACUUCCGUUCUUUUAUAUUUUGAUGGGAUCAGCUGCUUUUGCUUUCAAGCAUUGUAGAUAUUGAUGAAGGCUAGUAAAUUAACUUCAAUAACAUUAGUCUUAAAACUAUUUUGAUGGCAGGCUUAGCUUUUAUGUGAGUAUAACUUUAAAUUGUUUUAAAUAUUUUUUCUAACUUACUGGUUUGGAUGUCUUUAUAUCUGGAUUUCAUGCUGUUUAACUCUGUACAUUGUGUUUAUUAUUAAAUGCCAAACACUAAAUUCA